GGCAAGUUUCAAGGUAAUCCGGGAAGAACGAAAACAAUUGUAGAAAAAUGGAUAAAAAGCACAGAGACUUGUUGAGAAAGAACAGAUUGUUACUAGUAGAAGAUUUAGAAGCUACCCAGCUAUCCAAUUUUUUAUAUCAGGAGGGAGGUAUAUCGGAAAACGAUAUGCAAACCAUAAAGGCAAAACCCACGAGACAAGCUCAAGCGGAAAAGCUUCUGGACAUUCUUCCUCGUCGUGGACCGAAAGUUUUUGAUGUGUUUUGCCGAGCUCUUGAACAAACUGACGGCCAAGGCCACCUAUUGGAUAUGUUGAAGACGAAUGGAUCGCCUGCCUCUGGAGCAGUGUCAAGCUCGAUCCAGGAUGAAAACAGAGGCAGCAUCUCACUGGAGCGGAGUGACGGCACCAGACAAAUUGAUUCAGAGCAAGUGACCAUGAAAUCCAAUACCUCUACUUCAUCGCAAGUCAAGAAGAAUGCUCUGCGUGGUUCUGAUGAUGAUGACUUGGUUUACUCCAUGAAGUGUAAACCUCAUGGAUUAUGUUUGAUUGUUAACAAUGUAGAUUUUGAGAAUCUUAGUAGAAGAGGUGGCUCUGAUGUGGAUGCAAAAAAACUUGAUGAAUUGUUUACUAAGCUUCAGUACAAAGUCAAAAUGGUCAGGAAUCAGACUUCAAAACAGCUCAAAGAAACUCUGACCCAGUUUGCAAGAUUGAAUGACCAUGGAAUGGCAGAUUCUGUUGUUGUCUGUCUCCUUAGUCAUGGGUUGGAAGGGCAAAUUUUUGGUGUUGAUGAAGUGCUUGUGUCCAUUCCAAAUCUUCUGGCAUUGUUCAAUGGUUAUGCAGCAAAAGAUCUCAUUGGGAAACCAAAGAUGUUUUUUAUCCAAGCUUGCCGUGGAAGUGAUUUUGAUCAAGGAGUAGAGGUAACUGAUGGUGGGUAUAUGUCUGCCAAUGAAGUUCCAGUUGCAGAGGCAAGAGCUGCUGUUGUUCAUGCAUGCUUACCUGGAGUCAAACCUGAUAAAGUUGAUCCAGAGCCAGAACCAGAAUCACUCCCUGCUGAAGCUGACAUGUUAGUUGCUUACUCCACUGUUCCAGGAUAUGUUUCCUGGAACAAUUUGGCUAAAGGUUCCUGGUUUGUCCAAGCUAUAGCUGAUGUUUUUAGUGAUUAUGCCCAUACUGAAGAUGUUGUCAGUAUGUUGAUCAGAGUAAACAAUAAAGUUGCUAGGGAGUUUGAGUCAUAUAAUAGAAAGAAACAGAUUCCAGCACCUGUAAUCAUGUUAACUAAAAAAGUUUUCUUUUUCCCUUCAUAGUAGGUGUGAAAGCAGCACACAUAGUCGUACUCUGAUGUAGAGAAAGGAAAAUAAUGUUCUAUUUUUCAAGAGUUGUCUUUAAAAAAAAAAGAAACAGAAAGAAACAAAUCCCAGUACCUGUAAUCAUGUUGACUAAAGAAGUUUUCUUUUUCCCUUCUUAGUAGGUAUGAAAGUAGAACAUGUAUUAGUACACUGAUGAUGAAGAGAAAGGAAAAAAAUGACCCAUUUUUUUAGGAAUAUUCCUUUUAAGGAAAAAAAGUUUUAAUAUGACAGCUAAUCUGAUCAGUUCUGAUAGGAAAAUAGUUCAAAAGUUGAAAUAAUAACAAUGAAGAACACAGAACAAUGACGUAACUGAACUGCAUCAAAUGGCAGAAGCCCAGAAACCACUAAUUAAAAGUGACAAUAAAUUACAGCUGCUGGAGUUAAGGAAGAAUGCACUGAUUAUUGCUGCCUUCUUUAGACCUCUUAACCCUUAUACUCUCAAGAUCUGAUUGUAAAUUCUCCCUUCAAGCUGCCAGACAUUUCCUCAUCAGUUAGGUAUGAGAAUUUGGUGUUAGAUCACAAUUAUCACUACAACUUUUACCUGAUAGGUUUGAGUAAUGUUAUCACCUGUCUCCUGGAUAUAGCUUGAUCUUAAAGAUAUUAAACCUACAUGUUAAUCACUUCUGGUAGAUUAAGAGUUAGUUUAUACCUAUUUUAUUUUGAAAACUAGAGAAAGAGUAAAAUUUCUGCCAUGUAGUGGAAUCUCACCAGACAUCUAGACACACUAACUGUGAAAUGUGCAGCUGCAAGUAUGUGUCAAGUUGUGAUUGUUGUGGUAAUCCUGCUGUGUGUCACAUUUUUGUAUGGAGAAAGAAAAUGAUAGAGUGGAAUUAUCCUUGAUGUUUGUAUUCAGUCUUGUAAGAUUUCUAGACUCUCUAACUUCAAAAUGCACUGCUGUUAGUAAACAUCUUUUUGCAAACGAAUGCCAUCAUAGCAAUCAUUCAUUGAGUAACAUUUGAGUAUGGAAAAAGGAAAUAUAGAAUGCAAGUAGUCUUGAUGUUUGCAGUCAAAGUGUGUAUGAACCCCGAAAACUAGUGUAUUGUUGAUGAAACAAGUUAAUAAAUAUCAUAG